AUGUCCGCUACUCGUCCUCCAAAUCUUGCAAAUCAUAAACCAGUAAAGCCCUCACUCUAUGGAGGAGGUCAACGUAAGUACAAUCAUCUUCAUAAAUUUCAAACAGGUACUACAACUACAUGGUCUGGCUACACAAAUUAUACUGGAAAACCAUUGUUCAAUUCCAAUCGACAUACUAAUCUUCAUUCAAAAAAUUCAAUUAAUGUUCAAUCAAAACCAACUAUUUCACAUUUAUCGAAAGAUAAGAAUACACCACAACCCAUGAAACUUAUGUCAAUUAAUCCAAAUGAUAUUUUAUUUCGACAACCACCACGAAAAAAUACUGUUUCAAUGCAGCAAGCACAACAAAUGUAUCAACAUCAACAACAAAUAUCAAUAAACAUUAAUCCUGAUCAAUAUCAUAAAAACACAAUGAACCAUCAAUAUCAAUCUCGAUCUCGAUCUCGAUCAAAUCAUCAAUCUCGUUCUCGAUCUCAAUCAAAUCAUCAAUAUCAAUAUAAAUCUCAAUCAAAUCAUCAAUCUCGUUCUCGAUCUCGAUCAAAUCAUCAAUAUCAAUAUAAAUCUCAAUCAAAUCAUCAACAUCAAUAUAAAUCUCAAUCAAAUCAUCAACAUCAAUAUGAAUCUCGAUCAAAUUGUCAAUCUCGUUCUCAAUCUCGAUCAAAUCAUCAAUAUCAAUAUGAAUCUCGAUCAAAUUGUCAAUCUCGUUCUCGAUCUCGAUCAAAUCAUCAAUAUCAAUCUAGAUCAAAUCAUCUUCAUCAUCAGAAAAACAAACCAUAUGUUACUCAUCAAACACAUUAUAACAACAGACGUUCUCAAGAUUCACAAAAAAAGACUCAUUCUCAUUCGCGAUCUCCUUCAUAUAACAGAAAAUCGUUACUACUCGCAUCAAAGACUCAAUCGAAAAAACUCAUACAUGGAAUAAUUUUAUCUGAUUCAAUGGCAUCAAAAUGUCGGAUGUACAAAGUUAAUAUACCUAAUGUAAUUAAUGUUCAAUUAAUUGCUAGAUCAGGAUGCAAUUGUGAACAAAUGGCAGACUGGAUGGCAUCAGUUGAAGGUAAAACAAAAUUAAAUAAUACUUCUGUGGUUCUUUUUUCUUUAGGAACAAAUGAUAUAGCACAACUUGGUCUUGAUCUCACAUUAAAACGUUGCCAAUGGCUUAUUGAAUAUACACGUCGAACGUUUCCUACCAUUAAAACAAUCGGAUGGAUGAAAUUAUCACCACGAACAAAACCUUCACGAUUUUUUUCUGGAAAUCAAAUUGCAAAUCUUCAUCGUGCAUUUAAUGAACGAUUACAUCUAUUAUCAAAAGAAAGAAAUAUUGAUAUUAUUGAUGCACAAUUAAAAAUAAAUGAUAUAAGAAUAGAAGAUGGUUUACAUCCAACAUUAUCAUCUGGUCGACAAAAAUUCGAAAAUGCUCAACGACAAUGGUUUGCUCGUCAAGCAAUGUACCUCUCUACAUAUAUCGACCAACAACAUACUAAACAUACAACAACAACAACAAUGAACAACAACUUGAUCAAUUUGACCAAUUUACAACAACAACAGCCAAGAACAACUACCGGGCAAGUACAACAACUUAAUUCCACACAACCUUUUAUAGUAAAUCAUAAAAAAAGUGAGAAAGUUUUUCGUCAUCCAUGUUUACCAAGUCAACAAUUGAUAAAAUUUUAUCCCCACAAAUUAAAACAUCCAAAUCAACUAUUUCGUGAUAAUCCACCACCAGAAAAUAUCGAUAAAGAUAAAGUCUUUCUUAUUGCAAAUUUAUAUUAUCAAUAUAGACAUUUUGAAGAUGAGGCUAAAAAAUGGCAAGUAUAUGAAACCGCAGCUUCUCGUAAAGAAACACAACAACAAAAACGAACGAUCCAUUUCUAUCAUAGUAAUUAUCAGAGAGAAAAUAACUUCACCAACAAUAACAACACUAUAGAUCGAGAGAUCCCAGAAGUUCGUACAGGCCCUACUUCACCAAGAUGGUCAGGAAACGAAACAUUCGACAGUGAAACUAAUGGCGAAAACAAAGAGAACGAAAGUAAAAAACGGAAAUUAAGCGAUACAUCAUUAUCACCGAUUGGCUUGAAUGUUCGAACAAGAGAGGAUAUGAGUGGUACACAAAUGGAUGGAGAAGGUGAGCAGGAACAAGUGAUCGAACAUUACGAUCCUCUGACACAGUCAACACCAACUGGACAUAAUCUGAAUCAAUCUCCAAAUUCAUCAAUAUAUACACAACGUGUAAUAUGUCAACCAUU